AUGGCUGGGCUUUACCCGCGUCACCUUCGAUCGCUGGCCGCAGCCUCGGACACGCCUUCGUUCACCAUCGUCCAGUUCAACGUGCUCGCGGAUGGGCUAAGUGGUCUCCGCGACGACCUCGGCGGCUUUACGCUCGCACCGCCCGGGUCCUUGGCGUGGGCCCAUCGCCGGCAGCCUCUUCUCGAUGAGAUUCUGCGCUUCGCACCCGACAUUGUGUGCUUGGAAGAAGUCGACCACUUUUACGACUGGUUCGAGCCGCAGCUCGCCGCGCAAGGCUACACUGGCGUCUUUGCGCCCAAGCCCCACUCGCCAUGUCUCCAAGUCAGCGACCAGCGCGAUGGCUGUGCCGUGUUUGUCAACACUCGUUUUCGCAUCGUCCGCCACGAUGUGCUCUCGUACGCCUGCUACGUCCCGCCCGAUACGACGACGCACCAGCCGCAAAACCAAGUCGCUCUCCUUGUCGAGCUCGCGCUUCACGACUCGACGCACGAGGUGCUCGUUGCCUGCACGCAUCUCAAGGCCGCCAAGGACGCGGCUGGCGAAGCUAUCCGGACCCAAGAAGCUGCCAUGCUCUGCCGUGCCCUCAGUGCCAAGCAAGGCGCUGGCCAUGCGAUUGUAGUGUGCGGUGACUUUAACGCAGUAUCGCUUCCGACGCCCGCGAUGCCUGCGACGACGUACGCGACCAUGGUCGAGGACUAUGGGUAUGCCAUCAAGCUCGUCCAGCACUGA